UUAUGAAAAAUUUCACCGAAUAUCGAUCAGUCAUGUCACAUUCCCCGAUCGCGUUCUAAUGUGGGUCAACCCCACAUUAAAAAUGAUCUAUCGAAAAAUAGAAAUUUAGACGGUUUGGGAUGAGACGAUCCCUCCAUCCCCCUCACAAUUAUAUUAAUUACUUUGCCAACUGAUUAAUACAGGGAUUAAUUUUUUUUUAUUAAAAAAAUUACAGAGAAAUCGAAGGUCAAGGGACAUAUUAAUUAGCUUAUUUUGUCUCCAGACCAAAUACGAAAAAGACGAUGGGACGAUCUAAAUUAUUCAGUAAGCUCCAGCAAAGAGCAAAUUGCCACUCCGUAAAAUGAAUAAUUGUAACUCACUGAAGAAUUUAGAUGACCCAUUACCAAGCAAUUGAUCUCACUUGUCGAAGAGCUGAGUUCAACCAAGUAUUGACAUUUUGACCUGAUCAUGUGUGCCGAGUAAACCGCAACCCUGCUCUCCAGCAACACCACACACAAGACUACCCCAAUAUAAGGACCCCCAUAAGUAAAUAAUUACCCACAUUCAAGGUUUAUUUGCGCGCAUGUAAAACCGGCAAUUUUCGAUAAUUUGCCGACAGUCAAUGAUAAUGAGGGAACAGAGAAUUCUGGGGAACAUGACUCAUCGCGAAACAUGAUCAAUAGGCCAGUGGAAUCAUCGCGAAAAGGACCUUCAGUUGCGAGGAGUGAUUCCCUGGUAAUUGUCCUUCCAAAGAAUAUCCGUAGGAAUUUUUUUAUCCGCCAAAAUUCUUCGGUAAAAAUCCUUGGAAACAUUUAUCAACAUACCAUAAACAGCAGAGGGACAUUGAACGAAGGAGCAUUCACUGACAGGUCCUGACCAUUCGUAUUGCACCGAAGGAUUCGUCUAAUCAAACUUGGAAUUUAAUCUUAACGAUGGAAAAUCGUCGGUCGGCAGCCAACGUUGGGAGAAAGGACUUUGAUUGGGAAGUGGGGAUAACAAAACCAGCCCUGAAAUUGAUAGGUCUAUGGCCGGGUGGACCACAUCAAACAAUUCUCUACCUUCUGAACCAGUUCAUGCAAAAUUACCUGUUUGGUGUUUUUCUAGCGAGCAUAGUAAUGGAGCCAUCGGUUGUUAGAAAAAUAGAUAAGCUUUUUGUAUUGUUUGCUGUUAUUCUGAUUGUUGUGGAUCACAAUAUAUUUCGAGCCCAGUGGCGUAACAUCAAACAGUUGAUUGAAUGCAUCCAACAAAAUUGGAGGGAAUUUAAUGGAUUAUCUGAGGAUAUCAAGGGUAUUAUGGUAUCGUAUGCAGUCAUGCAGAGACGUGUUACGCGAUGCAUAUAUUUUGCAUUCGGUGUAUCCUUAAUUUUUUUCACUCUCAAACCUGUUGUCCUCCACCUCGUUAUCCCCUCAAAAUUUCCCCUCGAACAUCCAAAUGAUCCCCGUCAUCCUUUCAACGCAACCGUAUCACCAGUAUUCGAGAUAACAUACAUUAUCCAAUGUGUGUUGAACUGCUCGGCAGCUGUAAUAUUUUCAUCAAUCGAUUGCUGCAUCAUAUGGCUGAUUUUUCACUACUGCGGCCAACUCGAAAUUGUCGCUAAUUUAAUGAGCCACUACAAAGGAAUUCGUCAUCACAAAUCUGAUUCAGUUGUUGAUGAAGGGAAAGUAUCAAUGGGCUGUAGCUGUUUGCAUUGCAUCGUUAAUUAUCAUUGGCAGAUAUUCAAAAUGAUAUCCCUAUUUGAUGAUGCAUUCCAUGUGGUGAUGGUCGCCAGGAUGAUUAUUUGCACUCUUCACUUUAUCUGCAUUGGCUAUACCAUACGCAAGUUCAGAGAAGAGGGUAGUUUUGCAGUUGUAGCACUGGACGUGCUCUUCCUCCUGACCAUGGACUCGACCUUCUUCGUUUACUGCUGGCUAGGUGACAAAUUGAACGAGAAGAGCGUGAAUAUUGGUUACGCAGCAUUUCAUCAGCACGUAAACGUCGAUCAAGAGAUUAACAAAGACCUGAUUAUGAUUAUUCAUCAAGCCCAGAUGCGACCCUGUAAUAUAACAGCUGCAAAAUUUUUCCGCGUCUCUUUGGAACUCUUCAAAGAGUACGUUUUCAAGUCAAUGUCGUAUUUGUCGGUUCUCGUUGCUCUCGAGUUAACGACAAAUCCUAAAUAGUAGUUCCGGAGACUGAACUUUUUAUGGUUGGCACAAUGGAUGUUGAAGUAGUUCACUGUUAUUCUGUAUUAACUGCCGCUGGAAUAGUUUUUGUGCACCAGAAUACUGGAGCAAACUGCUGUCCUGGUGAUUCUUGUCAUGCGCGCACUGAACCAGUGUAAUACACCAAAUCUAUUUUUUUACAGCUCUAUGAAGACAACAACCUUGUCUUUAGAGCUACAUAAGUUCAACGUACGUUUGCUGCUAGUGGGGAGAUGAG